AUGCCUUCAACAGCCAAGAACUACCAAGGACUUUUGAAGACUGAUGACCAAUAUGGAAUAUCACUUUACAUACGUACUAUACAUCCUAAUGCUGUGCUGCGCAGAAUUGCUGAAACUGUCUCUUGUACAGGGAGUGAUCUGGUGCCAGAGGAUAUUGCUUUUCCAGUUGGAUUUGCUUGGGGUGCAGCUACAGCGGCAUAUCAAAUUGAAGAAGGCUGGAAUGCAGAUGGAAAGGGCCCUAAUGUCUGGGACACAUUCACCCAUCAGGGAGGAGAUCGAGUUUUCAAGAACCAGACUGGUGAUGUAGCUUGUGGCAGCUACACUCUGUGGGAGGAAGAUUUGAAAUGUAUCAAACAGCUUGGAUUGACUCAUUAUCGCUUUUCUCUUUCCUGGUCACGUCUGUUACCUGAUGGGACGACAGGUUUCAUCAACCAGAAAGGAGUCAAUUAUUACAGCAAAAUCAUUAAUAACCUGGGAAAUGGCAUCUGCUCCCUGUAUCAUUUUGGCUUACCUCAGUCCUUAGAAGAUGAAGGUAGCCGGAGAUCUGAAAAGAUCAGUGAGACCUUUGAUACUCAUGCAAACUAUUGCCUCAGAACAUCUGGAGACUGAGUGAUCACUGUUAAUAAGCCUUGUGUUGUUUGUAUAGGUGGUUGUGAAAAAGAUACGGCCCCAGUUGGUACCAGAGCUUGCAAGACAGCUUAUAAUGUGAUAAAAGCUCAUGCUAAAGCCUGACACAGUUGCAGUAAGAUAUGGAGAAAACAAUGCGGACUUUUGUUUAUAGCUCUGAAACCAGAUUGGUAGAACCUUUACGAAUUCUGUAGCAGAAUUACAAUUUUGUAAAAAGCAACUAAAGGGUACCUGUCCUUUACCUCAGAUGGGUUUGUCAGGACAGUAUUUACUGAUGGCAAAUACCCAGCUAUCAUGAAGUCUUGGAUUUCUGCAAUGCAUUCAAAGCAGGGUUACAUAUCAUCAAGGCUUCUGGAAUUUACUGAAGAGGAAAAAGUGACGAUCAUGGGUACUGCUGACUUCUUUGCUCUGAACUGUUAA